AUGCUGGAACUUUUCAUAGCCCUGGAAAAGUACCACGAGGACCUUACCCUGGACCGACACGGUUUGCACACUCGCACCGUUCGCCAAAUGGAUAAACCUACGAGGCGCGAGUCCGCGGAAUACAUCGCCGACCUGGAGGAUGGAACCAUGUACAUAGAACACAUCAAUUGGUUGAACUUUGACGAAUUCGAUUUGCCCAAGCCCAUAUAUAUAAAUCUGGUCCGUGACCCGGUGGAACGGGUCAUAAGCUGGUACUUCUACGCACGAGGUGCCUACAAAAAUGCCAUCGAAUAUAAAAAAAAACCGGACCAAAAAUUAAGGCCAGAGUCCUGGUAUAAAAAGAAUUUCAAUGACUGCGUUCGGAGCGGAGAUCCGGAGUGCCAGUAUGUGCCGCAUACUGUCAAGGACCCGGUGGGGAAUUUCAAAAGGCAGUCGUUGUUUUAUUGUGGUCACCACGAUGAUUGUAUACCCUUCAACUCGCCAACUGCUGUGCAAAUGGCCAAGGAGCACGUGGAACGCGAUUACGCAGUGGUCGGAAGUUGGGAGGAUACCAAUGUCACCCUAACCGUACUUGAGAACUAUAUACCACGAUUCUUUCGCGGUGCCAAGCUGAUGUAUGAAAUGAACAAUGACAAGAUCACCAAUCGGAACAAGAACAAGCGAAAGCCUUAUAUUGAUCCCGAGUUAGGUGACCUAACACCCCGUCACUUAAACAACACAGCCAAGGCCGAAAUGGAUCGUCUCUUUUUCGCGAGAUGCGCCAAGGUGGGCAGCGAGUCGCUAAUGGAGUUCAUGGAGCAUCUGCAGGAUAUCAACAACUUCCGCGUGGAUAAGUACGGAGUGAAUAAAAAGUCAAAGAGGCAACUGAAGCCCCUGGCUCAGGCGGAGGUCGCUGGCUACGUAUAUAACCUGGAUGAGGGAUCCGUAUACAUAGAACACAUCCCUUGGAUCGACUUCAACGAGUAUAACCUGCCCAAGCCGAUCUUCAUUAACCUGGUUCGAGAUCCUGUGGAACGCAUGAUCAGCUGGUAUUACUACGUCCGCAACUCAUAUAGGAAUGCGAUAUUCUACCGAAAUCAUCCGUUGGCCCCGCUAAAGCCCACGGCCUGGUUCAAGAAGAGCUACAACGACUGUGUGAGGAGUGGGGACCCCGAAUGUCAGUAUGUGCCAUUGGCAGUUGCCGAUGCAGAGGGCAACUUUAAAAGGCAAUCUUUAUUCUUCUGUGGCCACAGUCAGGACUGCUUGCCCUUCAACUCCCCUCUGGCUGUUCAGAUGGCCAAACGUAGGGUUGAAUCGGAAUUUGCAGUAGUGGGAACUUGGGAGGAGACCAACAUAACUCUGACCGUUCUAGAGCACUAUAUACCUCGUUAUUUUGCUAGAGCUAAGAUCAUCUUCCACAUGUACCAAAAGUCUCUACAGAAUCGCAAUCGCAAUAAUCGAAAGCCGAUAGUGGACGAAGAUGUCAGGGCCAUGGUCAGACGUAAUUUUACCCACGAGUAUGAUUUCUACUACUUCUGCAAACAGCGUCUUUAUACCCAGUAUAUAGCCCUAAAACGAAAGGAACUGGAGGGACUAAUUCACCCUUAA